CUCUACAGUUUGGGUUACUACUGCAACAGAGAGAGGGAAAGAGGAAGAGAUCCAACUACGCUCAAAUAACCUGAGAAGCCAACCCCCCCGUCCCCCAAAGACUGAUGAUGUCACCGGUGCUGGGUGUGUCCUUCCUGGCCCUGGUCCUAUCAGGAGGAGCCUGGGCGUUUGCUCCCAUCGGGGGUGGAGCCUCCACCCACGUUAGCAUCACGGGAGUGGCCGUGCUACAGAAGGUCACGGAUGUGUGCCGAGCAAUCGCAGAGACAGAGGGACGAGACUUCACCCCCACUGGUAACUCUGCUGAAGAGCUGGUCCAGGCCUGCCUGGGACCCAAAGCAACAGGUGAAGUGUCGGCAGCUAAGUUCAAAUCUGCCCUGAACGAGAUCUACGUACAGAACGGACAGGUGGACAGAGACUUUGUCAACAGCCCAGCCCAUCACUUUAACUCAGAGGCGUUUUCUGAGGGCCGGCGCCUUAUCACUGAUGGGGUGGCCAGCAUUAAGGCCAACAUACGAAAGGAAAACUUCCAGGCUGCCAGAGAGACACUGGGGAGAGUACUGCACACGCUACAGGACUUCUACAGCCACAGUAACUGGGUGGAGCUGGGAUACACUGAACCCUACGCCAACCUGAUCCGCCCCGAUCUCCCACUGGAAAACCUGGCAGAUGUCAGCACCCCGACCUGCAGUGACUGUGCCAAUGGGGGGUUCUGUUCAAACUCCAUCCUGCCUAACAUCCUUAAUGAGAAGAAACUCACCUCUGGGUACAUGGGGAUCUUCUCCGCAGCUAAGCCUAAAGGUAAGUGUAGUCAUGGCGGUGCAGCUGACCUGACCAGCUCGGAGGUUCCUCGCGGGGGCAUCAGCAAGGACGAGCGUCGCUCCGACAACAUGGCCCUGCACACUGCCGCUGUCACCGUGGCAACAACCGCCACCCUCCAGCUGCUGGACGACAUCCGGGGAGCUGCCGGUGACAACGACUACCUACGCUUCAUGGGCAUAGCGCGUUCAUCAGUGGUUGCUUUUGUGAUCGACACCACAGGGAGCAUGAAGGAUGACAUCCUUGAAGCCAAGAGAGUCGUCAAUGAGAUCAUCGACAGCAAGAAGGGAACGCAGGAUGAGCCCUCCCAGUACAUCCUGGUCCCAUUCAACGACCCAGCGUUCGGACCCCUGAUAAGAACGUCAAACCCUGAUGUUAUGAAAAGAGAGAUCGCUAAACUCAAGGCUGAUGGAGGCGGAGACCUCCCUGAGAUGUGCCUGUCAGGGCUACAGUUGGCGCUGACCGGUGCCCCUGCGUCGUCCCACAUCUAUGUUUUCACAGAUGCCGUUGCCAAGGACAUUGCGUUGAAGGACACCAUCGUGGCCCUGAUCAGGAGCACCAAGUCAACCGUGUCUUUCUUCAUGACUGGUGAUGGUGCUGGUGCUAGAAGGAGGAGGCGUGGGUUAGAGUCCAGGGCAGCUACAUUCGAGACCUACAAGGACCUGGCGGUGGCGUCUGGUGGUCAGGCCAUUGGAGUCACCAAGGAAAACCUGCCCCAGGCCACUGACAUCAUCAUCGACUCCUCCACCUCCGCUCUGGUGACAGUCCUACAGCGAGCGAGGAACCCGGGCAAAGCUGAGACAUUCUCCUUCCUGCUGGACGAGUCUCUGAACAACAUCACCAUCUACAUCACCGGAAAGGCCCUCACCUUCACCCUGAAGAACCCUUCAGGUGUGACCCAGAAACAGAACGAGGCCAAUGGUAAACUGGGGACCGUCCAGACGGUGGGCAACCUCUACCGGGUCCGUCUGGCCUCCAACAAACAGACAGGAUUAUGGGAAAUCAGCAUGAACUCCAACCAGCCUUACACACUGAAGGUCACGGGUCAGAGUACCAUUGCCUUCAUUUAUGACUUUGUGGAGACCUUCGAGGGACCUCACCCAGGAUACGCCCUCAUCUCUGGCCGUCCAAAAGCAGGUAUGCCUGCCAUGCUGUUUGUAUCAGUGUUGGGCAGAAAGGGCCCAGCCUCUUUCAAGGUGGCCGACGUCGCCUUGGUGACAGCGUCAGGGUCAGUGGUCGUAGGCGGGGCCCUGGAAGACAUGGGCAACGGGGACUUCCUGGUUACUGUAACCAAGGUCCCUGCGGGGGAGUUUGUGGUGCUGUUGAACGGGACAGACGUGGUUUCCUCCACCAUGUUCCAGAGACAGUCCACCACUCAGAUGUCCAUCUCCAAGGUUACCAUCAAGGUAAGUGAUGAUGACACACUUCCUGUUUACAUUGAAAAACGGCUUUCAUUUGUAAAUCAUGAAGGAGCCUAUAUUGCAUAUUGGGAUAGAGUUCGAAAAUAA